UCUCUCACUAUCUCUCUCACUCUCUCUCUCUCUCUCUUCCUCCCUUAUUUUCUGUCUGCCACUUCUCCCUCACUCGGCAACCCUCGUGCUCGCACGGGGACGGAGACAGAUAGAGAGCGAGAGAAAGAGAGAGAGACUCGGCGCGCGCCGCGAGAGGAGAGAAUUGGGAUCUACGUUCUAAAAUACAGCCAGGCAAGCCACCUGGACAGUGCAACCUGAUGCCGGAUCGUUCCGAAGUCCCCGGGGACAGGAACAAGUGUCGCCGCGAGCGUGUCGGCCCGCCGAACGGCGGCUAGUGAUCAGCGUCGCUCGGCCGCUCUCAACAACACUCGGUGCCCCCGGGACGCAUCCGUUCGCGCGCAGGACGGCGGUCAGGAAUGCGAUCGCGGGGACAUUGGACGCGCCGUCAGAAGCAGUCCGAUUCGCUCGCCGACGAGGCACGACGCGGUCUCGGCUCGCGCGGAUGGUGGCCGUCGUGGCGAAUUAAUCGCGAGGAUGGUGAUCGCCCGGCUGCGCGGCCUUAUCCGGUAGAUCUGACGGGGCGAGGGUACCGCGACGGCGACGACGACGGGGUCGUUCGCGCGGCGAUAAUACGUGUCGUGGCUGCGCGGCGCGCGACUUGCCGCCGGGGCUAUCAGUGACCAAUCGAGCUUGGCCCGCGUGGAUUAACAGUGAGUCACCGUAUUCGGCGGUCAGUGAAAGGAGCUGCGGGUGUCAAAGCCGGGCUCUCUCGUGGGAUUGUCGCGGAUCAGCUCGGAUCCGUCGGCUCGAGCCGGAGCGCGCUGGCGCGCUGGCGCGCGCGCGCGUACGCGCUCGUGGCGGAAGUGGUAUACACGGCGGGGAUUCCCGGGGACGAUAAAGACACGGCCGGCGAAGAAGCGCCAACACACCGUCACCACAUCGACGAGCACCGACGGGCCGACGGACGAUCGUCGUGAGCUAACGAGCUAACGUCCAGGAACCAACAGAAUUGCUUCUCGCGGGGGCGCCGACGGGCCCGCCGCCGCCGACGGCAGCCACCUUCGCCUCCGCUCGCACUCGAGUUCCGACAACGAGGAUGUAGACGUGGAGGGCUUGGAGGGUGCGCCCUACGAGCCAACAUCCGUCUACCAGGCGGAGCAUCUCGCUCGGCAGGCGCGAGCGAGCGGCACCAGCAGCAGCAGCAGCCACGAGCAGCAGCACGUCUCAUACGCCGAGCCGCCGCCGCCGUCGUCUCGCGGGCACAAGUGGACCGCUUCUCCGAGCACGGACUAUGUCUGCGGUUAUCACCGGCCGCCGGUCUCAUCGUCGCUCUCGAGUAGUCGUCGAGCACGCUGCCAGAGCGAUCAUCUGUCUGCCUUGAUCCUGGAGCAGCAAGGCAGCGGCAGCUACCUGGCGCAGCACCUGGCCUUAGCAGCAGCGACCGCAGCAGCGACAGCAGCAGCAGCAGCAGCCGCAGCGUCGGCGGCCGCCGGCAAGAUGCCGGAGAAGGAGGUCGCUUAUCAUCAGGAGGCUUUCUCCUUGCUGCCGCCACCGCCACCGCCGCAUCACCCGCACACGGCCUUCUACGCGGCCUUCCAUCCGCACCCCCAUGCACCACCGCCGCCGACCUUCCACCCGCAUCACGGCCCGCCGCCGCCGCCGCCGCCGCAUCCGACGCACUCGGUGACCGGCUGGGAGCACCACAUCACAGCCGCGGCCUUCCACGCACCGCCACAUCACCCAUUAUCCGGCAGCACGACCGCGAUCGGAGCGGUUGGUAACGGCAGCGGUGGCGGCGGUGGCGGCGGCGGAGGCAGCGGCGGCAGCGGCGGCGGCGGCGGCGGCGGCGGCGGUGGGGGUGGCAGCGGCGGCGGAGGGAGUGGUGCCGCCGGCAACGGGACUUCCGGCGGAGACUUCCUGCGCAGAAGUCAUCCCCUCUCGGAGCAUACGGCCCUGCAUCCCGCCUAUCGGAUCAACUACAUGGACCACAUUUACCAUCAGCUCCAGGCCUCCACGCACAGUCCCAACGCCUCGUUACACGGACUGGGUGGUUUGGGGCCCGAGUACAUCCUGCACGCGGCAGGCCCUGCCAGCACCCUAGCGUCGUCCGAGUUCCCGUUCCCCAUCGAUGUCUCAGCGUCGUCGAGACUAGGCAGCCCGAGAGCCUCGACGAUCCGAGCGAGCCGGAAAAGGGCGCUGAGCAGUUCGCCGUACUCGGACAGGUUCGACAUCGACAACAUGAUUCGCUUCAGCCCCAACAGCCUGACGUCGAUCGUCAACGGCUCGCGGAGCAGCAGCGCGAGCGGCAGCUACGGACACCUCUCCGCCGCAAUGAGCCCGGCCUUAGGCAUGCAUCCCGGCAUGGCGCCGCACCUGCAGCAGCUACAGGUCCAACUUUUGAGGAGCGCAGCCGCGGCGGCACUCUUACCUCACACGCACUCCCUGCAGUCGCCCGUACCCCCGCCGCCGCCGCACCCCCAUUCCCAGCCGCACGUUCACGGAUUGUCGCCGCACUCGCAACUGUACCCCGGUGUGCCGAAUCAUUCCACAUCGUCGGCGACCCUCGGCCCUCACGGAGCCGGAGUGCCGCCGAAAAGCGAGAGCGCGGAAUCGUGUAGGAAAGCGUCGGAAUCGUCGACCCGCUCGGUGACGGCCGAAGCCGACACCUCUUCGAGACGGGCCUCCACCAAAGUGAAAAGAGAACCGGCGACGACGACCACCAACGCGACCACGACUACCGCUCCACCGACUCAUCCUCAAGGUCUCAGCCCGAGCGAGGACCUCCGAGACGAGCCUGGCGAUUUCAUCGAGACGAAUUGUCACUGGAGGGACUGUGGUCUCGAGUUCCCCACACAGGACGAUCUUGUGAAGCACAUCAACAACGAUCACAUACACGCCAACAAGAAGAGCUUUGUCUGCGGUUGGGAGGAAUGCUCGAGGGAGGAAAAACCCUUCAAGGCUCAGUACAUGCUGGUCGUGCACAUGAGAAGGCACACCGGGGAAAAACCUCACAAGUGUACCUUUGAGGGCUGCUUCAAGGCUUACUCGCGCCUGGAGAAUCUGAAGACUCACCUCAGGUCCCACACCGGUGAGAAACCGUAUACUUGCGAGUACCCGGGUUGCAGCAAGGCCUUCAGCAACGCCAGCGACAGAGCGAAGCAUCAGAACAGGACGCACUCCAACGAGAAACCGUACGUGUGCAAAGCUCCCGGCUGCACCAAGAGGUACACGGACCCAUCGUCCCUGAGGAAACACGUGAAGACCGUCCACGGGGCGGAAUUCUACGCGAACAAGAAGCACAAGGGCGGCGGCGGGGGCGGCGGUGACGGAGGCGGCAGCGACGAGGCCGGCGCAGGUGGCCACAGUCCCAGCAGAAGCGAGGACCUCCAUCCGAAGACGCCGAGUCUGUCGAGUCCCAGCGUCAAGUCGGAGAGCGAAGCCAACAGUCCACCCAGCAUGAUGCAGCAGCAGGGUAGCCCACUGGUAGGUGGUUGCAACGACGAAGUCGCCGGAGUCGGCGCUCUCACCGGCGACGGAGUGGCUCUCGCUGAGGAACCGUGGAACGAGGAGCCCGACGACCUGGACAUCGCCGUUCUUCCGGUAGCUCUACGUGCAAUUGUUGGCGGGAUGGAGUCGCAGCAGCAACAACAAGCACCGCCACCGACAUCUAGGAACCGUCUGAAAGGUCGGCUGAACGCCAAGGGCGUGUCAAGCCUGCCUAUCGGCGUAGGGAACGUGCGGGGUGUGCGUGGCGUCACACCCCAAGGCAACAUCGGCGACCUCAACAGGAGGAUCACCGAUCUGAAAAUGGAAGGUGGUGGCGGAGGCGGUGGCGGUCAGACGCGGCAGACGAGUCUGUCGGACCUGCAGCUGAGAUUGCAGCCGCUCAGCGAGCCGCGACGGGACAGCAACAGCACCGAGAGCACUUCCUACGGCAGCAUGAGAUCCAUGGAUUUCGGCAGCAGGCGAAGCAGCCAGGCGAGCGGCGUCAGCGCCGUCAGGAUGGGCCCAGCGGGACCCGGCAGUUUCUACGACCCGAUCAGCGCUGGCACGUCCAGAAGAAGCAGCCAGAUGAGCACCACUUCCGGCAGGAUGAAUCCGCCGAGUCACCUCCAAGGACCUUACUCGACGAGCAACCUCGUCGUCCAGACUCAGAACAUGUCCCUUCAGAGUAUUCAGGCGAUGCCAGGCGACUGGAGCAACCCUAGCGGCCAUUGCACCCAACCAUCGGGCGACCGACGAAUGUCGGAGCCUACUCGCACCAAUCAGACCCAACGGACCUCUCCUCCAAUACCGCCCAGACCGAGGUCGGCGCAAUUGCCUGAACUUCAUCCCAAUCAGGAGGUGAUCCUGGACGAGGUGGGCGAGGGCGAAAUGGUGGAGAACAAGCUGGUCAUUCCCGACGAGAUGAUGCAGUACUUGAAUCAGGUUCAGGCUGGUGGGAGUCAAGUGAGCUAUCGCGGCAGCCCUCUGCCCAUCUGCCAAUCGCCGAUAUGCACGAAUUCCCUGCACUACCAGCGUCAGAUGCAGCCCACGUGCAAUUACAACCAACCCCAUCAGCCACACCAGCAGAACUGCUACCCGCAGGCCCAGCAGGCUGCUCAGCAACCCUGCUAUCAGAAUCCCGUCUCCUCGCCCUAUGGCCAAUGUCCGAAUUCACGCGCGACUCAGCCACCGUCGCAAUACUGUCCACCGCCGAAUUACGGCUCCCAAGUGAUCGGCGGCGGCCACGUGCCAGCGAGCCCUGCCUCCGGCCAGGUAAUGUCGCCGAGUUCUAACUACGGUCCAGCUCACUUGAGCGAUCAGCCACUGACGUCUCCUGCGGCGGGCGCCUUGGCUCCGCAACAUGCGCCGCAAAACCUGCCGCAGAACUCGGCUCAGCUCUCCAGGAACUGCCCGCAGAACCACGCGCAUCACGCUUACUACCCGACUUACGGCUGCGCUGGUCAGAUGAGUGCGAAUUGCACCGGCAAUACCACCGGUCAAGCCAACCAUCAUUCCAGCCAGACCUGCGCGCCGUCUAAUCACGCCGUGCAGAUGAGGCUAACGACCAAUUGCCAGCAACUGUCGCCGCAUUGCGCGCAGCCGUCCGCGCCCAUGGCUAAUCCACCGAACUUGACCCAUCCAAACUCACAAUGCAGCCAGUCCGGUCAAUGCACGAGACCCAUGGUGACGUCCAACGGUCAGAUACCCAAUGUACACUCGGCCCAACAACCAUCGGUGACGAACCAGUGCGGCCCGAUGUCGCCGCAUUGUUCCCAGAUGAACCUCGUGAACCAACAGGCCAAGCCGAUGAACGCCAUGACGAGUCUUCAGAACUGCCAACAGCAGGCCCAAGCGUCGCCGUGCCUGCAAAUCGGCAAUUGCACCCACCCGAACGGCGCGCAUCACGCGGUCAACGACAGUGGUGCGUCCAAGAGAACGUCGCCGCAACUUUGCAACGCUCAACAGACCAGCAACUGCAGAAUACAGCAACAACAACAGCAUCCAGCACAGCCGCAGCUGCAGCCACAGCCACAGCCACAGCAGCAGCAGCAGCAGCAGCAGCAACAGCAGCAACAGCAGACCUGCACGCACAAUUGUCAGGCGCGCACGAACCCCCCGACUCAUCAGCAGUACAGUUGCAAUUGCCAAUGGGCGUACGGCAACCAGUGCUAUCACGAUCAACAUGGUGGCCCGUUGCCGGAGAUACAGUGCAGGGACAUCAGCCAGUCGCAGCAGGGCCCGACGAUCAAGCUGCCGCAAGGUAUGCGACAAGAUUCUUACCGCAGGACGCUGGAGUAUGUCCAGCAGUGCAGGAACUGGUCCGGCAGCUCGCAAACGCACGAGACCAACGUGUCCAGCUCGACACACCCGAUGUCGUUGCCGCAGCCGCUCCCGGCUAGCGCCAAUAUGAUCGUCAACGACAUGACGUCCUCGCUCAGCUCUUUGCAGCACGAGAACAGGUACUUGCAGAUGAUUCAAUGACCAUUACAUACCUGUACGUGAUGAAAAGCACCAGCGGAAGCUUGCUCCUGUCAUUCGUCGGCGUAGCGAAGCUCGUCACCGCUCGACGUUGUCGCCGGCAACGCGAGUUCUCAUACAUUCGGCACCGAAUCCACGUUUCACGAAAGCCACACGAAGAUAUGAAGCCUUGAUGAAGCCUGAAACAGCGGGAAAGGAGUUUAUGUAGUGUGAUAUAACGGGUAUCGUUGUUCACAAGAUGAAACAUUCACUUUCGACUUGGACGCGGUCAUGGCGAUCCGCUCGGCGCCGAAGAGUAGACGAACUCGAGUGGCUUGCAAGAGGAUUAAGUUAUUCUCCGCGGAUGUGUCGCUGAAAAUGGAGAUUCCCCUCCUCAUGAGGGAUAACAAUUCUACGCAUCCCGCUCCCAACUUUAUAGUUCCGUCGUUAUAGCGAUUGCCGUUGAUGCCGUUGGCUACGCUUUUAUAAGUAAAAGUAUUUGUAAAGAAAAGAUUUCAUAUUCUUGUUAAGAAUCAAAAGAGAAGAAUUGCAAUAAAAAUUACAUUACAAAAAUUGUUAUUAAGAACUGAGAGAGACACAGAAUUUGUAUUUAGAUUCAUUGAAAAGAGAAAGUGUUACGACUUGAUCCUCUUGUGCGCAGAAGCCGUUUAAAAUUCUGUCUACGCUACCGGGACGACGAUUUCGAAGAAAAAAAGAAAAUCUGAUUACGAUAAUUCGUUUACGUCUGUGUAGAAUUGCACGAAUUAAGCCUGUACAGUCACGAUACACGAGAUGAUACAAAGUGCCUUGAUUGCGAAUAGCGCGUAUCUCGGACAGAGAGUGCCACUGACUUAAGUUAUUAUCCUGAAAAAUAUCAACUUACAACAUUAAGUACCUCGGAGAUUCGACUCGUAGUAACUCUUAGGAUUUAGCCGUUAAGGGACGGAAAGGUGCUGCGGCGCCAUCUCGGUGGAACAAAAUGCAACGAGCACGCCGCGUCUUUCUUUCUCUUUCCCUUUUAUAAUAGAUUAUACAUGCGUCUCAUACGAUUAACAGAUCGCAGCGCUCGCGCGACGCGGGCGCUGAUUAUUUUUGAGAGAACUCUGUACUUUAAAUUAUUGUAGAUAUAUUACAACUUUGACACAUAGUAUAUUUUUUGUACAUCGGUCUCAUUAUACACCAAGUGUGCCAAUAUAGCAAUACACUGUCUUCUUAUCGUAGCCAAGCUCGACAAUGAGUAGUGUACCGGCGUACACUGUGAUAAAAAAACAGAAGGAGGGGGGCAGGGGACAGAACCGAGCGAAAAUGGGGAAACGCAGGAUGUAUCUCGGAUGGAUCUCGAUAAGAAAGCCCGAAGAAAAUCAAUCAAUGUAUCAGGUUUUCGACCAAGUUCCGCGUGUUUGAUCUGCGCGGACCAUCACUCGUUUCGUUCCAUACGUUCAAUGCGGCCUUAAAGGCCAGCGUUUUCGAAAUGCUGACGAAGUGAGCGAUCGGGUCGGUGGCUAACUUCUCUCGCUCCGAGGAGCCAUUGUUCUAUCGCUGUGGAAUCCAACUCCCAUUUUUUGAGAAAUGGCAGAAGAUUGCUGGCGAUUAUUCGGAAAAGAAUUGUUGCGGCCGAAUUCACUCGAAUAAAUACUUUUCCGCGGAAGAACUCGCGGAACUUGGUUGAAAGCCCGAUACAAGUAGAAGCGUGUAGAUAAAAGUAACAGAUAGUUUUUGCGCAACAGGACAGACGUAAUUGUGUACGCGUACGCGUGUGUGUACGUGUGUGUGUGUGUGUGUGUGUCGUAUCUGUGCGUGUGUAUGUGUGUACGUUUCUACAUCGAGUGUCUUUCGUAGCGGUUACUUUUGUAAAGAGACUUAAGACAAUAAGUACUGCAACACACACGCACUAUCUCGCGGCCGAUUCGCGAGAUCGGUCGACGUACUGUACUGCAAGUAUUUUUUCAAGUGCCUUUGUAGUGAUUGUCUGCAGGCAACGACGUGCUGAACAAGCGAAUCUGUUUUCUCAUUGUUACGCGAGAACGACUUUUGUAAUGAAUUUUAUAAAGCUGCAAUUUUUUGCGAUGGAACCUGUGAAUAUUAUACAUAUCUCUACCGUAUAGAUACUACUAUAAGAUAUGAUAAGACAUGGAGCACACACGAUAGCGUGUCCGAAUAAAAAUGUCCGAAUUGAAUCUCGCAGAACUGUUUGCACCCCUGACGAAAAUCAUUCA